AUGGAUGACGAGGGUUGCAUCAAAUUGUGGGACAUUACUGAGACAACUUCUGUUCCUCUGAAAGUAUUAAAUGCAGCUCAUAGUGAUCACAUUCGAUGUGGAGAUGCUUCCAUUCGAUGUGAUCAUUUGUUUGUUAGUGGUUCAUAUGAUCACACUGCAAAGGUCUGGAGUACACAAACAGAAGGAAAUGAACCUCUCUUAUCAGUAAAUCAUUGUUGGCCAGUUGAACAGGUUUUGCUGCUUCCUGGAGACGCAUUUCUUUUGACCGCUGGAGGACAAUAUAUUAAAUUUUGGAAUAUUGCUUCUGGUGGUAUUUUGCAUCAUACUCUUCAUCAUCAUCAUAAAACGGUUACAUCACUUUGCCUUGCAUCGAAAGGUACUCGCCUCCUUUCGGGUGGUCUUGAUAAACGUGUCAAUGUUUUCAGCCUUGACGGUGGAUACUAUAGACUAUUACAUUCAUUUAGUUUACCCGCGCAGGUACUUACGUUGUCAGUAUCUUCGAAUGACCGAUUCAUGGCAAUAGGAAUGGGAAAUUUGUUGCAAAUUUCAAUGCGAGAUGAUCCGGGAAAUCUGGAAAAUUGUUUAAAAGCAGCGCAAACCUCAAAUAAAGGACUUGAAUUUCACAAACAGAUGGCUGUCGAUGUUCCUUGCAUACAUCAGCUAGUCCGUGGUGGAACGUCGCGAAAAGUUGAAUUAAGUGCCACUCGUGUUUCUCAGCCGAAAUUGGGUAAAGUGGAUUUGUUGCUACGACGAUUUAAGCAUUGGAAAGCAGUGGACGUUCUUUUUCGUGAAAAGUUUUAUAAAUCACGUCCUGACAUUGUUGUUGGCGCAUUAAUGCAGGUUCUUUUAAAAACGAAUGACUUAUUUUCUCUUUUUUAUAUAUACAAACGAGGGGCGUUAAUAGUGGCACUUUCGGGACGCAAAGCAGAUACUAUUCAUCCAAUACUGUAUUUCUUGAUGCAACAUUUUUGCAGACCAGAAUACAUGCAUAUAAUACUCAAAACUAUCAAAAUUAUGUGUGGUUCGUCAUUUUUUAUUACAUCAGAAAGUAUAGCACGAAUUUAAAG